UCAGCAUCCCAGCUCAUCUGAGCAGAUCCUGGAAGUGAUUUCUGCAGUUCAGGAUUUUUUUAAGCUAGAUUGAAAAUAAUUGGUUUCUUUUUCGUUCUUUUUUUUUUCUUGUGCUAUUUUUUUCUGCACAAAGAAGGAGAAUUUUUCACUUAUUCAUGCAGAGGCCAGUUUUUUAAAGCCAGCUAAGGUGGCAUCGGCUGUGCAGGAUUUAGUGCCGAUAGCUCAGCUGAAAAAGAAGGGGGUAGGGAAGGGAGGAUAAAAGGAGAGAAGCUGGGAGAGGAGACAAGCAUCAUCUUAUUUUGCUAUGUGGUAGGAACUGUCUAUGAGAAAAGAUAGUAUAGAAUUAUUUAUCUUGAGCAGUUGAUUCUUAGACCCUAAGAUAUUUUUCCUUGUGUUUUUUUUUUUAACCUCCCCCACCCCUUUUUUUGAGAGCUUUGUUUGGGGGUUUUUGGUGAGGGGGUUUUAUUUAUUUUUGUCAGGGGCGUGUGUGUGUGUGUUUGUGUGUGUGUUGUGGUCCCAGCUGAGUCAUCAUGUCUGCUCUGACGCCUCCGACCGAUAUGCCAACCCCCACCACUGACAAGAUCACACAGGCUGCCAUGGAGACCAUCUACCUUUGCAAAUUCCGAGUGUCUAUGGAUGGAGAAUGGCUCUGCCUCCGAGAGCUGGAUGACAUCUCACUUACACCUGACCCAGAGCCUACCCAUGAAGACUCUUGGGAGGAUUUGACAGAUUUGGUGGAGCAAAUGCGCGAUGAUACAGAAGAUCCUAAUUACCUCAUGGCUAACGAACGCAUGAACCUGAUGAACAUGGCUAAGCUGAGUAUCAAGGGCUUGAUUGAAUCAGCUCUGAAUCUGGGGAGGACUCUGGACUCGGACUACGCACCUCUUCAGCAGUUCUUCGUGGUGAUGGAGCACUGCCUGAAACAUGGCUUGAAAGCUAAGAAAACUUUUCUUGGACAAAAUAAAUCCUUCUGGGGCCCUCUAGAAUUGGUAGAAAAGCUUGUUCCAGAAGCUGCAGAGAUAACAGCAAGUGUUAAAGAUCUUCCAGGACUAAAGACACCAGUAGGCAGAGGAAGAGCCUGGCUUCGUUUGGCAUUAAUGCAAAAGAAACUUUCAGAAUACAUGAAAGCUUUGAUCAAUAAGAAGGAACUUCUCAGCGAAUUCUAUGAACCCAAUGCCCUCAUGAUGGAAGAAGAAGGAGCCAUAAUUGCUGGUCUCUUGGUGGGUCUGAAUGUCAUUGAUGCCAAUUUCUGUAUGAAAGGAGAAGAUUUGGACUCUCAGGUUGGAGUUAUAGAUUUUUCAAUGUAUCUCAAGGAUGGGAACAGCAGUAAAGGUAGUGAAGGAGAUGGCCAGAUUACUGCAAUUCUGGACCAGAAGAACUAUGUAGAAGAACUCAACAGACAUCUGAAUGCUACUGUAAACAACCUUCAGGCAAAAGUGGAUGCGUUAGAAAAAUCCAACACGAAGCUGACAGAGGAGCUUGCAGUUGCAAACAACAGGAUUAUUACUUUGCAAGAAGAAAUGGAACGAGUUAAAGAGGAAAGCUCCUACAUAUUGGAAUCCAAUCGGAAGGGUCCUAAGCAAGACAGAACUUCAGAAGGGCAAGCACUAAGUGAAGCAAGAAAGCAUUUAAAGGAGGAGACACAAUUACGACUGGAUGUUGAAAAAGAACUGGAGAUCCAGAUCAGCAUGAGACAGGAGAUGGAACUGGCUAUGAAGAUGCUGGAGAAGGAUGUCUGUGAGAAGCAGGAUGCCCUGGUGUCUCUGCGGCAGCAGCUGGACGAUCUCAGGGCUCUCAAGCAUGAACUUGCCUUUAAGCUGCAGAGUUCAGACUUAGGAGUAAAACAGAAAAGCGAACUAAACAGUCGCUUGGAAGAGAAGACUAAUCAGAUGGCUGCUACCAUCAAACAACUUGAACAAAGAUUGCGCCAGGCUGAGCGGGGCCGCCAGUCUGCUGAGUUGGACAACCGGCUCUUCAAGCAGGACUUUGGAGACAAGAUCAACAGUCUGCAGCUGGAAGUGGAGGAGCUCACCAGGCAGCGGAACCAGCUUGAGUUAGAACUGAAACAGGAAAGAGAAAGAAGGUUACAAAGCAACAGGAGCAUCCCAGGAAGGGGUUCCCAGAAGUCAGAACCCAAAACGGAUGGGAAGCACAAAAUUCAAGAGGAAAAUGUUAAACUGAAAAAGCCCCUGGAAGAAAGCCACAGGCUGCAGUCUCACCCUGUGGAUGAACAGGAUCAGCCGCUGCUUUCUGAACAGCCACAGAUGUGUCAGCUCUGCCAGGAAGAUGGCAGCCUGCCGAAGGUACCGGUGAACGUGUGUAAGAACUGCAGAGGAAUCUUCUGUGAUGCUUGUUCAACAAACGAACUGCCUCUUCCUUCAAGUAUCAAGCCGGAGCGAGUUUGCAAUCCCUGUCACGAGCAUCUGAUGAAACAGUAUUCCACCAGCCCAUCAUAAGACUGGAGGCCACGACCUGGGCCUAAAUGUCUCUACCGGUGUUAGAUGUCAGGAUCCCUGAGAGCCCAGACCUUAGACUCAACUCGACUUGACAGCAGUGAUUUAAAUAAACCAGGUCCAGGGGGAAAAAGGCAGUGGUUGAGGGUGCUGGAAACUUUGCUCGUUUUCCUUAAUGACUGUGUGAAUAAAGGUUACUCAGUUGAGCCUCUCUCUUCUAAAUCUAAACAACCCCACUUUGAAGGGUUUGUUUUAUACUAUGUCUUUGGAAGGGCUAUUCACUUUUAUGAAUAGUGAUAAUAUUACUGGGGUGGAGAUAAUAGGAGAGAGGGUCCUUAGCAGAUAAUAAAAAGGAAAAUGAUCACCUCCCUCUCUUAUAUUUGCAGAUUCAAGGGGGAAAGAUAAACAUUAACUGAGAUCAAAAUGACAGAUGUUACGUAUUUUCCCAGGUGCUGCUAGACAUCAGCAUUGUUUCCUCUUCACCCCACUACCUACCUCUUCUUAUUAGCAUCUCUACCAAACUGUGAACCCAAGCUCAGGGAAAAGAAAUUAAAGAGUAAUAUAAAUUCUGAAUGUACUCAAAGCAAUAUUUUAAUAUAUUAUAGUUUCAGGCCCAGAAAUGUCUGGUCCUGGCUUACAAGCGUUUUCAUUAUCAGAACAAGGAGGAGGAACAUUUGCCGGUUUUCCACUAAUGACUUUAAAGGUAAAUAUCUGCCCUUUUCAGAAUCUCCUACCAAAAAAGCCACCUCUCUUCCCCAGUCCCUCCCUGCUCUCCAAGUCAUCAUGGAAGUUGUAGGGAGUUCUAAAGAUAAGGUUUGACUUUUGCAAAUAGGAAGUAUUGAAAGCAGAGCUAAGUCAGGUGUAAAGUAAUAAAAAUUUAAUUUGUCCGUGGCUGAGAACAAUUAGCUCAGAAUAUUUAUUAAAUUAUUUCUUGAAUAAGGGAUCCCUUAUUCUGAGCCAAGAAUUAGAACUGGUAGACAGGUUUCUUGUAAAGUAUGAUACUCAAAUAUCUCUUAGUAAAAAAAACCCUUUGGGGGAAAAGAGGGAAGUACAUUCAGCAAGGGAAGGAAAGAAAUGGUAUAGGCUAUUUUGAUUAUGUUACAUGUGUCUAGAUUGUUUGAUUCCAGUUUAAGACCUAAGAAGAUAUGAUUCUGUAACUGGUUUAGAAUUGCGGGUUGGAAACAUCCUGGAACCAUGGUGUUUGAUAAAUUCUGUCUCCUGAAAAAGGGUUACGGCCCGGGAAAGAGUUGUUAUUCCAGAAGUCUGGCCUGUUACUUGGUGAAGCUGACUUUUAAGAGUACUAGAGAAAAUAAAAUCUAAUAAUUCUA